AUGAGCGAGCCGAGGCGUGCGGACAGCGCGCAAGGGAGUGUGCCGCCGUCGCAGCGGAGCACCGAUAGCGUGCCUGCCGGAAGCGUGUUUGGCGCGUACCCCGGGCGCGAGAGCGCCGAGGGCCCCGCGCUGCCGCCUGGGGCGCGUGUGGGCAGUGCAGGCACGUCCACCGUGCGCGGGAUGCACCUGCGCGGGCGGUCGUAUGCCGGCCCUGGCGGCGGCCCGCAGACGUACGAGCGGCACACGGCCGACGUGACGCGGGCCAUGGUCGAGUUCCUCACGCCGAUGCUUCCGACCGAGGAAGAGUACCGGAUCAAGGAGGCGACGCGGCGGCAGCUCGAGCGCCUUGCGGAGCGUGUGAGCCCCGGUGCGCGUCUCUUGGCCUUUGGCAGCAUGGCCAACGGCUUUGCGUUGCGGAAAUCAGACAUGGACCUGUGCUGCCUGCUGCAGCACGACGCAGAGCACGAGCAAAAGAGCCCGUCAGAGCUGGUAGAGAUCCUGGGCGAGCUGAUCCGCCAAGAGACCGACUUCCACGUCCUCCCCCUGCCGAAAGCGCGCAUCCCCAUUAUCAAAAUCAGCCGGCCGGCCUCGGGCGAGGUGCCGUACGACAUUGCGUGCGAUAUCGGCUUUGACAACCAGCUGGCGCUGGAGAAUACACGUCUCCUGCUCUCGUACGCGAUGGUCGACCCGCCGCGCCUCCGCAGUUUGGUCCUCUUUCUGAAGGUGUGGACCAAGCGGCGGAAACUCAACUCACCCUUCACCGGGACGCUCUCGUCCUACGGCUUUACGCUGCUCGCCCUCUUUUUCCUGAUACACGUCAAACGCCCCCAGGUCCUGCCAAACCUGCAGCGGAUCCCCGCUGGGCGCCCGCUGCGCCCGGACGAGGUCGAGCUCGAGGGGCACAACAUCUACUUUUACGACGACAUCGAGACGCUGCGAAAAGAGUGGUCGUCCGACUGCCACGAGACCAUCGGCGAGCUCCUCCUGGACUUUUUCCGGUACUUUUCGCGCGACUUUCACUACGCCAAAGACGCCAUCUCGCUGCACACCGAGGCGGGCCUCGUCUCGAAAGAGUCGCGGGGGUGGAGCGGCGAGCACCUCUGCAUCGAGGACCCGUUCCAGCACGGGUACAAUGUCUCGCGCACGGUCACCAAGGAUGGCCUGUACACGAUCCGCGGCGAGUUUAUGCGCGCCGGGCGCCUGCUCGCGAACCGCUCCGCGCGCGCGCCGCAGCUUCUCGCAGAGCUGUGCGAGGAGCGCGAAGACGGGCUUACACGCGCGCCCGACUUUCACGGCAAGCGCAACGAAGGCGCACGCUCGCUGGGCCGUGCGCCAAACGCAUUCCGCGAGCGGCACGAGCCGUUCCGCGGCGCGGCAAUGGACGACAUGGCUCGCAGCCUCGGCAGCCAGGUGUAUCCCCCGGCAAUGCUCGCGCCCCUCGCGCAUACACACAACCUCACGGCGCCGGGCGACGCGCCGCUCGGCUACAUUCCCGCGCCGUACGCCGUGCCGCUCGUCCCGGGCACGCACGCCACGCUGCCGUACACGAGCGACCGCCCAAGCGGCGGGCGCUCACUCUCGGACACUCCGUCCUACCCCUCGACGCCGUCCAAGAACGCGCCGGACACGGCCCCGGCGCCCACAUACCCCACGGCCCACCCCGCGCCCAGCGCGCGCUCCGCGCCGCCGGAGGAAGUGGAGGGCGAACUGUUUAGCAUGUCGCCCGACGCCUGA